AUGAAAUCCAUUAUUGUUAUAAUAAAGGGGAGCAUGAUAAAGCAUUAAAUAAUUAUUGUUAUGCAAUACAACUUGAUCCCAAACACCCUAUAGCUUACAUUAACAGAGGUGAAGUAAUUGAUCUGAUUUAGGGGUACUUUAUAAAUAAAUGGGCAAUUUAGAAAAUGCAUUAAAUGAUUAUGAUUAAGCAAUACUAAUUGAUCAUUAAAACGUUGAAGCCUACUCAAAAAGAGAUGAAUUUUUUAAUCUAAUUUAGGUUUGAUAUAUUUGUAAAAGUAUGAUAUUGAAAAAGCGUUAAACGAUUGUAAUUAAAUAUUAUAACUUGACUCUUCAAAGAAGGGAGCAUAUUUUUUAGAGGUAAAUCCAAUUAAUUAUUUAGGUUUACUUUAUUUUUUAUCUAAUGUUAUAGAGAAGGCAUUCUAUGAUUUAAAUAAAGUACGAGAACUUUAUCAUGAAAAUGUUUAUGUCAUCAGCAACAGAAGUACAUUUUUCAUCUAAUUUAGUUUUAAUUUAUUAGCAAAUGGGAAAGAUAGAAAAAGUUUGCUAGGAUCUUAAUUAGGCGAUAAAUCUUAAUCCUUCCCCAUUUUUUAUUUCCUACUUUUAAAGGGGUAAAUUAAUAAUCUGAUUUAGCCUAUUAAUAUAUUCUAAUGGGAGAUUUCUAAAAGGGAUUAGUUGAUUUGAAUUAAGUAAUAUAACUCUAGCCAAAAUUCUCUCCUUCUUAUUUUUAAAGAGGUGAAAUAUUAAAUCUUAUAUAGGUUUUACUUAUUUUCAAAUGGAUCAAACAGACACGCAUUCUAAAAUUUUAUUGAAACGAUAUAAGUUUACAUUAAUCGAGGUGAAUUAUUUAAUUAGAUUAAGGUAUAAUUUAUGAUUAAAUGGGUGAUUCAGAAAAUGCAUUAAAUGUUUACAGUUAAGCAAUAUAAUUAUUUCUGAAUAAUUGAAACUCUUCACUGUUACCGGUGUUUAAAUAAGUACUUAAUCUACCAGCAAUUUCAAACUUGUUGAAGAUUCAGACCGAUUGAAUUCUUCUCGCUAUAUCUUUUUUGGUAUAUCAUAAAUUUAAUUUAGGUCUAUUUUUUAAGCAAUGGGAAAUGAGAAAAAGAGCAUUAAAUGAGUUCAAUUAAGCAAUAAAAACUUGA